AUCUCUACUUAACCUCUGACUCACUAUAGACAACAUCAACAACAACACCAAAAAAAAACACCAUCACCAUGCCCCCCUACAACUUCACCUUCUCCCCCUCCCUCUCCCCCCUCGCCCUCCAAACCCCCCAAACCCUCUCGUCCAAAUCAACCCCCUCCAUCGCCCACCUCAUGACCAGCGUCUUCCUCCUCCGCCAGCAAUCCCCAUCCCCGCCUCAGAUCCUCCUCCUCCGCCGCUCCCCGCAGGAUUCCUACCCGCUCAAAUGGGAAGCCCCCGGCGGCUCAGCCGAUGUCACCGACGCAUCGAUCCUCGCCGCCGCCGCGCGGGAACUCUUUGAGGAAACUGCCCUUUCGGAGAGUCACUUUCACGCCGUGCUGGGGAUGACGAAGCAGAAGGCUGAGGAUUUGUUUACGGCUGGGGAUGAGGAGGAAGAAAGGCCGGCUAAUUGGGGCAUUGACCCAAACGACGAACAAGCACAGGAUAUAAAAGUGCAGGUUUCGGAGCAAAUGACGGUUCUCUUCACAACGUUUCACGAACCGGAUGGGAUUUGGGGAAAAGUAAACUUUCUGGCCACUGCAAAGGGUCAGGAUCCAAAAGUCAAGAUUGAUGCCGAGGAGCAUGUCGAAUGGGGAUGGUUCACGGAGGAACAGGUCCGGACGGGAAGGGCUGCGAGGGCAGACAUCUUUACGGAAGCGAGUUUCUCUGAUGAGAUUCUUGUGGAUGGGGAUAGGCGGGUCAUGGAGUUUACGAGCCGGGCUGUUUGGGGGUCUUUGCUGGAGGCGUUUAGGGUGGGGAGGGAGAUGGGGAUUAUUGUCUAAGUGGAGGACUGUCGAUGAUGUGAAGACUUUGUUUUUAUUCCUUUCUUUUGUAUUGUUAGAGACGGCUGCCUAGAUUGAUAGACCAAAGCAUGCUUUACAUACUUGCUCCAACGUACAUGCUCAGCAUUGAAGUCAUAUAAAAGUCCUCUCAGGGACAAACAAAAUGAAAAAAAAAAAGACAUCCCGCAAACAAUAAAACGCCAGGCCAGCAUAACAAAAAAAAGAAUCACGACCUCUUGGCUCCCAUCUCCUCCAUCCCAUAAUCAUCCCACCCCUCCUCCGCCGCGCCAAUCUUCCUCCCAACCCAGAUGCCAAAGGCCGUCACGACGCUCCCCAGCAAGAACCAGCCUUCAAACCAGCCAUCGACAAAGGCCGGCGUCAGCGCCCCCCUCAGCACGCC